AUGGGGACCAAGAUUUGUAUGAAUGCAUCGUGUGGAAAUACUACGACCCAUGAAUGGAAGAGAGGCUGGCCUUUGCGAUCUGGUGGAUAUGCUCAUCUCUGCUAUACAUGCGGAUCUGCAUAUGAGAAUUCAGUUUACUGUGAUACAUAUCACUUGGAGGAAUCUGGUUGGAGGGAGUGUUACAUAUGUAAAAAGCGCCUCCACUGUGGAUGCAUAGCUUCUAAGUCUUUGCUUCAACUUUUGGAUUUUGGGGGUGUUGGUUGUACAAGCUGUGCAACGAAUUAUCGACUUCACCCGAUCCGUAGUGAUGAGAUUCCUAAUGGUUUUGGCUUGUUAAUAAAUAAUGCCUGUGAUUUGGAAUCAACUCCUCUAGAAAAUAGAGUGGCUGGUCGUACUUUUGAUGAGGGAAAACUUGCACAGCUGUGCAGACUCAUGGAGGCUAAUGCACCCAACCUAUUAUGUCAGUCUGAAGGAGCUGACACUAAUGCAGGUCUGGGGCAAUUCAGACAAGAGGAGGUGAUGCAUCAAAUUGUAGAAGCUAGCCCAGGGUUCUCAGCUGCAGCUCAAUCAUCAGCUGGACAAUCUAAAUUUGCCCAACCAUCAAUAUUAGAUAUGAGAGAUAUCCAUGGAUCACAUGCUCAGCCAUCCUUGAGUAUGUCAUUAGGAGCUCCAUCAGGAACUGCAAGUUUUGUUCCAUAUCCUUGUGGGGUUGUUGAAGGAAAAGAGCAAAGCAAAACAUCUCCCUUUCAGCAAGGGCAAAGAUCUCGUCCAAUAUUGCCGAAACCCUCAAAACCGGUUCUUGCUGGGAGUUCAGAGACCAAUAAGGCUGCAGUCUCUGAGCUGCGAAUUGCAAGACCACCUGCUGAGGGACGGGGGAAGAAUCAGUUACUUCCCAGGUACUGGCCAAGAAUCACUGAUCAAGAGCUGCAGCAGUUGUCUGGAGAUUUGAAUUCCAACAUUGUCCCAUUGUUUGAGAAGGUUCUCAGUGCCAGUGAUGCUGGUCGAAUUGGUCGCCUAGUUCUCCCAAAAGCAUGUGCUGAAGCAUAUUUUCCUCCUAUUUCUCAAUCUGAAGGCCUUCCUUUAAGGAUUCAAGAUGUGAAGGGGAGAGAAUGGACAUUUCAGUUCAGAUUUUGGCCCAAUAAUAACAGCAGGAUGUAUGUCCUGGAGGGUGUAACCCCUUGCAUACAGUCUAUGCAAUUGCAAGCGGGUGAUACAAUAACUUUUAGCCGGAUAGAUCCUGGGGGCAAACUUGUCAUGGGAUUUCGCAAGGCUACAAACAACUCUUUAGAUACACAGGAUGCCCAAACAUCUGCAAUUCCUAAUAGUGCUGCUAUCACCGAAACUUCUUUUUCUGCUGAUGGGGAUAUUGGCUGGAACAAGAGUGAGAAUCACGGAGGCAGGGUAAAUGGGGAUGCACUGCUGCAAUCAACAUGCUUUGGAGCUGCAACGUCAGAGAAGAAAAGAACUCGAAAUAUUGGACCUAAGAAUAAGCGAUUACUCAUGAAUAGUGAAGAUGCUUUGGAGCUGCGACUUACAUGGGAAGAAGCGCAGGACUUGCUUCGCCCACCCCCUAGUGUAAAGCCGAGCAUUGUUACUAUUGAGGACCAUGAAUUUGAAGAAUAUGAUGAGCCACCAGUUUUUGGGAAGAGGACAGUAUUUGCUGAUCAACCAUCAGGGGGACAGGAGCAAUGGGCUCAAUGUGAUGAUUGCUCCAAAUGGCGAAAAUUGCCGCAGGAUGCUCUUCUCCCUCCGAAGUGGACCUGUUCAGACAAUGUUUGGGAUUCAAGCAGGUGUUCAUGUUCGGCACCAGAGGAGAUGAGUCUGAAGGAUUUAGAUUAUCUUCUGAGAGUGAGCAAAGAUUUGAAGAAGCGAAGGAUUGUAGAGAGACGCAAGGCAUCACCUGAAUGUGAGCCUUCUGGAUUAGAUGCAUUAGCUAGUGCUGCUGUUUUAGGCGACAAUAUUUGUGAUACAGGUGAGCCAUCAGUUGGAGAUACGACAAAGCAUCCAAGGCACCGUCCUGGUUGUACUUGCAUUGUCUGCAUUCAACCUCCCAGUGGUAAGGGCAAGCACAAACCCACAUGUACAUGCAAUGUGUGCAUGACUGUAAAGCAUCGCUUCAAAACACUCGUGCUACGUAAGAAGAAACGACAAUCAGAACGUGAAGCGGAAAUUCCCAGAAGAUAUUCCCAGAAGGUGGACAACAAUGACUGCAAGGAUGAUUCUGAAAUGUCACCUACAGAUAAGUUGGAUAAUGAAAGAAAUCCAAAUAGAAAGCAAACUGAGGUGGCUGAAACCAGUGCUGGGCAAAUAGACUUAAAUUGUCAUCCUAACCGCGAGGAUAUACAGAUGGACAUCCCAGGAUUGAGCAUAAUGGACCUUGCUGAUGCAGCCAACAUGCCAUUUGACAAUUAUAUCAAGCAAAAUGGGCUUUCAAGCUUGAUGUGUGACCGGCAGGCGAGCUUGGGUUCCUGUUCACAUUCACAAUCUAAUGGUGAGAAUCUGAGACGGCUGUCUGAUGAGGCAUUUCUGGCAUCUAUCGGUUGGGAUCGUGAGAGUAGAGGUGAUUAAGAAUGCUUUUGUGGAAUGUAGACUAAAGUGGUGUUUCAGAAAGAUUCCAUAAUUUAUCAGAGUGUAAUUUUUUUUUUCUCUGUUAUUCCUCUCCAAAGGGGUGGUGCCAUACCAUACAUCUGAUCUCACUAGUCACAGAAUGUAGUUUUGUUGUAAUGUUUAAUUUGCUCUUAGUUUCAAUCUCUCUCUCUAAAUAUAAUGAGUCGUACAUUCUAUUCUUAGUAGAUUUUAUUCUUAGUAGAUCUGGAGGAAAAUAAAUAAAUUAUUAUUAUUUUUUAA